UCUACUUGAGGAAAAAUUAUUCUUUUAGUUCUUUCCUUUACGAUUAGUUCUUGGGGUAACGUUUAUGUUAACAAAUAAGUACGAAUUGCUAUGAUACAAAUAGAAACUGUUAAAACGAAAUAAGUAACUAUCAUCUUGGAAGAAAACUAACUGCGAUAUUAACGAAACAAAUCAUGAAUAUACAUUUCAUUCCGAGUGUAGCUACCGCAAUUUUUUCUUGUGGUCUGGCAACCUUGAUAUGCCGCAUAAUUGAACAUAAUAGGAAGAAGAGAUACAAGAUAAAAAUCAAGGAAAACAAGUCAAAUUCGAAAAUCGCAUACUUUAAGAAGCAUCCAAACAAUUCGCCAAAACAAAUAUACGACGUCUUAAAUACUCUUGAAUUGUCAAACCUGAUAUGGGUAAAAGUCGGUAAAGUAUCAAACAUGUACAUAUAUCCAUUGGCAGCGGGUAAACAACAUGUUACUGACGAAUGCUACAUCACAAGUUGGAAUAUAAAUAUGUUCAAGGAAGGCCAAUUAAUAAAAGGGGAUAGAUUAUUUUUAGUAUAUGAGAUAGGGACCAAUUAUGUAAUAACUACUAGAAUGGCUCCGGCACUACGUAAGUUGGAAUUGUCGAUCGUAGGUCAACAUAUAAUAUUAAAAAGCGAAGGAAAGACCACUUUACAUAUCAAUUUUGACCAUAGAAAUAUUGUCUAUUGCAAGUUUUGGUGCUGUGAGAAAUUACAAACGUACCCAAAAAUUAUUUGUACCGAUUGCGGCGACGCAGCAGCCCAAUGGUUAUCAAGAUUUAUAUACGGAAGAAAUUAUGGCCUACGUCUGGGUUAUGUAUUGUAUAACAAUUCUGUUAUGAAAACAUUUUGGCCACACUUGUUGAGUGACUUCACAUUGGAUACGAAAAGCUGGCCGGAUAGACACAAUAUGAAUCCAUUUCAUUAUUUAUUAUACAGCAUACUAAUAUCACAAACACCUUACGAAGAUAUGAUUGAAACAUUAGACAAAUCUAUGUCAAGCAUGAUAUCUUGUCCAAGCAUGGUCAUUUCUGCUUCAAAUCAUUAUAUGGGUAAAAUAUGGAAAUGGAUCAAAAUCGGUGAAGUAGUUAUCAAGAAUAUAGAACCGCUAUCGAUUUGGCCAAGGAACAAAGAAUUGCAUAAGCAUAUAAAAUUAUUUGGAUUGGGAUUUAACUGCGAACUGUACAUUCCGGGAUAUGUUAAAUUAAACGACAACGUAUAUGUUCAUUUUCUUUAAGAUAAUUAGAAGAUGAAAAGCAAGGAAGAUACUAAGGAAAAGAAACACACAAACUCUCUUUCUCUCUCUCUCUCUCUCUUUCUCUCUCUCUCUCUCUCUCUCUCUCUCUCUGUGUGUGUGUUUAACACAAUCCCUUUGACAUGUUAUUAGUUUGCAGUUUGUGCCGGUCGCUUUUACCUUAUUUUCUACGUCUAUACUAUGUUGCAAUAUUUUAUAAAAACCGCAGAAUAUUUUAAAAACUUAUAACAAUAUUUUAAAAAUGUUUUUUAAUGUUUCACUGGAAAUCUG